GUCUUUCCUCCUUCCCGCUAGGUGCCAGGGAGGCUGCGCGGGUGUCUGGGGGCGGGCUCUUGACCAAGACGAAGCUUUAAACCCCGCCCUCCUUCCGCCUCCAUUGUGCCAGCACUCCCAUUGGCCGCCAGCCGGGGGAGGUGCUUUGCGCGGGCUCCUCCGCUGGCGGCCGCCGCUGUUCACUCCUCCCCGCCCGGCCGCCGCCCCCGCCAUGGAACUCACCCUGAAUCGCUCCGACUAUUUACAGGUGGGCGUCACCUCUCAGAAGACCAUGAAGCUGCUCCCAGCAUCAGGACGCAGAGCAACUCAGAAGGUGGUUGUUGGAGAUCAAGACGGGGUGGUUACAUGUUUUGGCAUCAAGAAAGGAGAAGUCAUGCCAGUGUUCAAGACGUUACCAGGGCUGAAGAUUGCACGACUGGAACUGGGAGGAGCACUUAACACACCACAGGAGAAAAUUUUUGUGGCUACAGGCUCAGAAAUCAGAGGUUUCACAAAGAGGGGAAAGCAGUUCCUUUCAUUUGAAACUAACCUCACUGAAAGCAUCAAAGCUAUGCACAUCUCUGGCUCAGAUCUCUUCCUCUGUGCCAGUUACAUCUAUAACCAUUACUGUGACUGCAAAGACCAGCAUUACUACCUGUCAGGGGACAAAAUCAAUGAUGUGAUAUGUCUUCCAGUUGAAAAAUUGCCUUGUAUUAUACCCAUUCUGGCCUGUCAGGACAGAGUGCUUCGAGUGUUACAGGGGUCCGAUAUGAUGUACGAAGUGGAAGUCCCUGGUCCCCCCACAGUCCUCGCCUUACACAAUGGGAAUGGUGGUGAAUCUGGAGAGGAUCUUCUGUUUGGAACUUCAGAUGGGAAACUUGGGAUUAUUCAGAUCACAGCAUCUAACCCAGUGCAUAAAUGGGAAAUGAGAAAUGAGAAAAAGAGAGGAGGCAUUCUCUGUGUUGACUAUUUUGAUAUUGUGGGAGAUGGCGUUAAAGACCUACUUGUUGGUCGAGAUGAUGGAAUGGUGGAAGUGUAUAGUUUUGACGCCGUCAAUGAGCCUGUACUCCGAUUUGACCAGCCCUUGUCUGAGAGUGUCACGUCCAUCCAGGGUGGCUGUGUGGGAAAGGAUGGUUAUGAUGAAAUCGUGCUGACCACAUAUUCAGGCUGGAUCACAGGUCUGACCACAGAGCCUGUCCAAAAGGAGAGCGGACCUGGGGAAGAACUUAAGAUAAACCAGGAGAUGCAGAACAAGAUUGCAUCCUUGCGGAGUGACUUGGAACAUUUGCAAUUUAAAGUGAUUCAGGAAAGAGAGAAAUAUCAGCAGUCAUCCCAAUCCAGCACAGCGAUAUCGGCAGUGCCUUCUUUCAGUGUGAAUGAUAAAUUCACAUUAAAUAAGGAUGAUGCCAGCUAUAGCCUCAUUUUGGAGGUGCAGACAGCCAUUGAUAACGUCAUGGUGCAGAGCGAUGUCCCCAUAGACUUACUUGAUGUGGAUAAGAAUUCUGCUGUGGUUAGUUUUAGCAGCGCUGAUACAGAGUCAAAUGAGAAUUUUCUCCUGGCCACUUAUCGAUGCCAAGCAAAUACUACGAGGCUGGAACUCAAGAUUCGCUCCAUUGAAGGCCAGUAUGGAACACUACAAGCAUAUGUAACUCCAAGAAUUCAGCCCAAAACCUGCCAGGUCCGUCAGUAUCAGAUCAAGCCCCUUUCACUUCAUCAGAGAACUCACUUUAUCGAUCAUGACAGACCCAUGAACACUUUGACCCUGACUGGCCAGUUCAGUUUUGCUGAAGUUCACUCCUGGGUGGUGUUCUGCCUGCCUGAGGUUCCAGAAAAAGCUCCAGCAGGAGAAUGUGUGACUUUCUAUUUUCAAAACACAUUCCUCGAUACACAGCUAGAAAGUACUUACAGGAAAUAUGUACUUCAAUCGGGGAAUUUAGGGCCAAUCAGAGAUUUGUCCUGGAAGACAGACUACACAGAAAAGAAACCUUUGAAAAACUUAAGAACUCACAAUUAUGGAAUGGCCCGCCAUGAUUCCAGAGGACUAAUGAUGAAAUGGGCUUCUUACAUCCUGCCAGAGAGGCAUAGACUCACAAUGCUGAAUGACGAAGACAGUUUUGAACAUGGCUAUUGCAGAGAUUUGUUUUCCUUGACGAUGCCUUUUUGUGGUGAGGAUUUUUUUUUCUUCUCAGUUGGGAGGGGAGGGAAGCUAGUUAUGGUGUUGCUAAAAUAGAAGAGAAGAGGGUUGUUGAAGCAUUUUUAAAAAAUGUAUAGGAAAUUCCAAAGGAAACAGGCAAAAUAGCUUCGAGCUUUGAAAGUAAUAUGUUGAAUUCGUAGUAUAAUUUUUAAAAACUGCAGAGAUUCCUGCUUUCAUAUGUAAUCCUUUAUUUUCUGUUCCACUUUGUAUAUGAAAAUAUUAAUUUUGAUGGUGUUUAGGUUUGAAAUUUUAAAAAGUACUUUGUAAAGAACUCACAGCCAGACUGCUUUUUAGCCUGUGAAUUUUCUGCUGGACUCCAUUUAUUUAAGUGCUUGCAGACACAGGUGAGUAUAUCCACAACAGGACUCUUUUCAUAAUUGCUGAUAGCAAAGCAGGAUGGAAAAAGGGCCUUUAGUAGCUCCUAGUCAGCAGACAGACAGGUUAUGGUAGGAUGAGGAUUAAGAAAAAGGCAGUAAGCUUGUGUCUGAGGUCAUCAUUAAUAAUUUUGACAGGAUGCUUUCAGUGAUGGGGGAUAAACCCAGUCUACUCCCAAACAGAGAACUGAUAGCAACCAACAAAGCCAUCUCCUCUGCCUGGUAUGUCACCAAGAAUUCUGUCUACAGGAUCGCUGGCCAAAGGCCCUCCAUUCUACUUCCAGUAAAGUUGGAUGGUUAAGGGGAGAGAUGAGAUGGUAGCUCGGUGGGAAUGGUGGUGGUGCCCCAGGAACUCGACUGUACUUGUAGAAGCAGAGGGUAGAAGGGAGAAGAGUCAUUGACCUGGAAGAGACUGAAGAUAGAUGAAGGUUAAGGGGAUAAUUGAAGGACCUUAAGUAGAACACAAGCUCAGAGUGCACAUUAAGAGAUUAGUCAUAAAAAGGAGGAAAGACACUUCUCCCAAAGCUACUUCUGAGGCAAGAAGGAAUGGAGGAUAAGGGAAAUCAACAUUUUAGGGGGGAAAAUGAAUCAAAGAAUGAAGCAUUUCCUGGGCUCAGUGCUGGAGGUACAAACAGAAGAUUAAGCUCUCAGGGAGCUCACAUUCCAACAGAAGGAAACAGCAUAGGGUAGAUUCCAGCUGUAGGGCAGAUGCAAAGGUCUUAUGGUCCUUAGGGUGCAGUGGCAUCUUUGUUGUCAGUUUCACUGAAAAAACAGUAUCAGAUUCUGAUGUUGACCCAUUUGACAGUGUUAAGUCUCUGGAGGCUACAUUUUUCCUUUCUGGGACUCCAGGGGAUGCUUCCCUUGAUGAGGCCUGAGGGCACUGGCCUGGAAGCAUUCCAAGGCCCUUGAGUUCAGGGCUGUACCCAAAAGGGUUUGAGGGGAGAUGGUAGUGCUCAUAGUGGUGGUGCUGGUGGCCUGAUUCAAGUGGCACAUGCUGCCUCCUGUUUCUCCUAUAGCAGUGAUGGCCAACCUUUUAGAGACUGUGUGCUGUGCUCUGCCCCCCAGAUAAAUGCCACACAUGCCCUCCCCACCCCUCACAGAAGAGGGAAAAAGUGCUCCCAUUGGGCUGCUGGGUGGAGGGGUGGGUGAAGUGAAGAAUAUCCUGAAUGAGUGUAGAGAAGGGGAGGGGAGUGGUCCUAGCUCUCUGCUCCCCUCCAGCUCUGCUGCCUGUGGGGGUGGGCAUAUGAAAAAAGGGAUUCAGAUCCACUCCCUCUGGUCCUUUGCCACAAGGAGUUUAGACACUCCAGCAUUUCCUAAUAUAUUGAGGAUCUGAGGUAAUCUAGGUGUGCUACAUGUUGAUAAUUUUGUAAAGAGUUCAUAGUAUAUUAUGUUGUAUUCCAUGAUAGAUUCAUAUUAAUAAAUUGUAAGGUCAGAUCAGAUUUGAACUGUAGGCUUCUGACAAAAAUGAUUUGUGGACUGGACCAUAUUCUCCUGAUGAUGUUCUUUCAAAAAUAUUAAUUUUUUAGAAAAGGAGAAGGAGUCUUUAAAUCGGACAACAUUUCUACCAUAUCCAUCCUAAAGGAUGUACUUUCUAAAGAAGCCACAAAAA